UCCAGUAAUGGGAACCCACCAGAGAGAUGUCCCCGUCCUCUGUAUUCCUGGGAUUCCACACAGAAAGAUCACAACUAUGCACGGUGUGAUCAGGGUGGAAGAGAUAGAAAGAGAUGUCCCCGUCUCCUGUAUUCCUGGGAUUGCACACAGGAAGAUCACACCAUCCCCCACCAUCAUCAGGGUGAAGAUCUGAUGAUCAUUAAAGUUGAGGGUGAAGUAGAAGAGACGUAUGUGAGGGAUGAUCAGCAAUAUAAGGAGGAGGAUGAACUGACAACGACAUUCAAAGUGGAGGAGGACACUCCUACAGAGAUCAGCACAGGACACGCCAUCGAGAAACCCUCAGCGGAUUAUCUCACUUUAGUUCCAGGUUGUAAAUUGGAAGAUGAGUAUAUCACAAGAGAUUGUGCAGGGAAACAGACAAUUGCCUCAACUCUUGAUGGUGGACUUCACAGUAUAGGUAGACCAUCAAAUCCUUCUGACUCUAAACAACUUCGUACUGUGAGGGAUGGUGCUGAAAUUCAGGGGAAGGAGAAAUAUUCCUGUCCUGAAUGUGGGGAAAGUUUUAGCUCUGAAUUAAGUCUUACUAUACAUCAGAAAUCUCGCACAGGUGGGAAGUUUUACUCCUGUUCUGAGUGUGGAAAAUGUUUCCUAGAUAUAUCAGAACUUGUCAUACAUUGCAGAUCUCACACAGACAAGAAGCCAAAUUGCUGCCCUGAAUGUGGCAAAUGUUUUACAACUAAAUCAGGCCUUGUUAGUCAUCAGAAAACUCACACAGGGGAGAGGCCUUAUUCCUGCUCUGAAUGUGGGAAAUGUUUUGCAAAGAAAUCAACUCUUGUUACACAUCAGAGAUCUCAUACA